UCAGAGGAGUUAACAGCUUAUUCAGCAGCCUGACCUGUGAUCAAUGAUCCGGGCUGCGCAUUGCAAGGGAAGCUGAGCGACAGCCGAGUACCGAGCACCCUCCGAGCAGCCGAAGGGACUGGGAUUGAGUCAUCACCGGGGGGAGGGAACGUGUCCCGCCUGGACCGUCAGCAACUGAGCCGGGGACACGUGGGGGAGAAGCCCGGGGCUGGGAAAGGGAGGGGGGCUGGUGUCGGUGCUCAUCCUCCCCAUAAUGACUGACAGGAGAGCAGCAGACAGGAGACCUCUCUGAGUAUCACCCCUCUGGCUGGGAGUUCUGAGCAGGAGGUGUCAGAAUGAAGCUGUUUGUAGCUUUGCGAUGGACUGUCAAGAUAUUGGUUCUGUACCUUGUGUUGGGAACUGCUGUCCUGUUAAAUCCAGAAGAUCCGAAUGUCUGCAGCCACUGGGAAAGCUAUGCAGUGACUGUUCAGGAAUCCUAUGCUCACCCCUUCGAUCAGAUUUAUUAUACCCGCUGCACAGACAUCCUAAACUGGUUCAAAUGUACAAGGCACAGGAUAAGUUACAAGACAGCGUAUCGUCGCGGCCUCAGAACUAUGUACAGGAGAAGGUCGCAGUGCUGUCCUGGAUAUUAUGAGAGUGGGGAUUUCUGUAUCCCACUGUGCACAGAGGAAUGUGUUCAUGGCCGAUGUGUUUCCCCUGAUACCUGUCACUGUGAGCCUGGCUGGGGUGGUGCCGACUGCUCUAGUGGAUGCGACAGUGAACACUGGGGGCCGCACUGCAGUAACCGCUGUCAGUGUCAAAAUGAGGCACUGUGUAACCCUAUCACUGGUGCCUGUGUCUGCUCAGAUGGCUACAGAGGAUGGCGUUGUGAGGACUGGUGUGACCCUGGCACCUAUGGAAAAGCCUGCCAACUGAGAUGCCAAUGUCAGAAUGGGGCAACCUGCGACCACAGGACAGGCGAGUGCCACUGCGCCCCCGGAUAUACAGGAGCAUUUUGUGAGGAGUUAUGCCCACCUGGGAGUCAUGGGGCACUCUGUGAGCUUCGAUGCCCUUGCCAGAAUGGAGGCGUGUGUCACCAUGUAACAGGAGACUGUUCAUGUCCUGCAGGAUGGACAGGUACAGUGUGUGCCCAGCCAUGUCCCUCUGGGAGAUUUGGAGUGAACUGCAGCCAGGAGUGUCAGUGUCACAAUGGAGGCCAAUGUGAUCCUCUGAGUGGAAGGUGCCAGUGUGCAGCAGGAUACACUGGAGAGAGAUGCCAGGAGGAAUGCCCGGUUGGAACCUACGGAUUCCAGUGUGCAGAGAGAUGUGAUUGCCAGAAUGGAGCUAAGUGUUACCAUAUCAAUGGCGCCUGCCUUUGUGAGCCUGGCUUUAAAGGGAUCCUCUGUGAGGAACGUGUGUGUCCGGAGGGGUUAUACGGCCUCAAGUGCAACAAGAACUGCCCGUGUAAUCUAACCAACACACGUGGCUGCCACCCUCUGUCUGGGGAGUGUACCUGCAGGGCAGGCUGGAGCGGACUCUACUGUGAGGAGCCCUGCCGGCCAGGCUUCUAUGGAGAGGGUUGCCAGCAGCUGUGCUCUUGCCAUAAUGGCGCCGACUGUGACAGUAUGACAGGGAGGUGUAUCUGUGCUCCAGGGUACACGGGCCAGGACUGUUCUGCACCGUGUGCUACGGGAACAUUUGGGGCCGACUGUUUGUCAGUGUGCAACUGCCAGAACGAUGCUGCCUGCUCCCCAGUUGAUGGACUGUGUGUCUGCCGAGAGGGUUGGCAGGGGUUAGACUGUUCCAUUCCUUGUUCUAGUGGCACCUGGGGUUUAAACUGCAACCAGAGCUGUCUGUGCCUGAAUGAUGCCUCCUGUAGCCCAAUGGAUGGGAGCUGCACCUGUGCCCCAGGAUGGAUAGGGGAACUGUGUGAUCAACCCUGUCUGGAUGGAGCCUAUGGCAUGGAUUGUCUGGAACACUGUGACUGUAGCCAUGCAGAUGGGUGCAACCCAGUCUCGGGCCACUGUCAUUGUCUGGCGGGGUGGACAGGUAUUCACUGUGAUAACCUGUGCAACCAAGGUUACUGGGGACCAAACUGCUCUAUGACCUGCCACUGUGAAAACGGAGGCUCUUGCUCACCUGAAGAUGGAAGCUGUGAGUGUGCGCCGGGAUAUCGCGGAGCGCUGUGCCAGAGAAUUUGUGCUGCUGGAUUCUAUGGACAUCAGUGUAGCCAGACCUGUCCCCAAUGUGUUCACUUUAGUGGGCCAUGUCAUCAUGUCACUGGCCACUGUGACUGCUUGCCAGGAUUUUUUGGACCUCUCUGCAAUCAAGUUUGCCCCAGUGGAAGGUUCGGAAAGGGCUGCGCAGAAAUCUGCUCCUGCAGCAACAAUGCAACCUGUAACCCUGUUGAUGGGUCGUGCCAGUGCUACCCGGGCUGGAUUGGCAUUGAUUGCUCAGAUGAAUGCCCCUUUGGCCUUUGGGGUCCAGACUGUAGCCACACCUGUAAUUGCCACAAUGAAGCCGAGUGCAGCGCUUAUGAUGGAGAGUGCAAGUGCACCCCUGGUUGGACUGGACUGUACUGCACACAGAGGUGCCCAUCAGCGUUUUAUGGAAAAGACUGUGCCAACGUCUGCCAGUGCCACAAUGGAGCUGACUGUGACCACAUUACCGGGCAGUGUACAUGCAGAACCGGAUUCACAGGGAACCACUGCGAGCAGAAAUGCCCCCCGGGAACAUUUGGGUAUGGCUGUCGCCAGCUGUGCGAGUGUUUAAACAACGCCACCUGCGAUCAUGUGACUGGAACGUGUUACUGUAAUCCCGGCUUCAAAGGCAUUCGCUGUGACCAGGCUGCCCUAAUGAUGGAGGAGCUGAAUCCUUACACCAAGAUCAGUCCGGCACACGGUUCUGAAAGACAUUCCGCCGGCGCUAUUAUUGGUGUCAUUGUCCUGCUCCUGAUCAUCAUGACUCUGCUUGGCCUCUUCUUAGUGUAUCGGCAGAGACAGAAGGACAAGGAUCACGACAUGCCUAAUGUGGCCUACACCCCAGCUAUGCGCAUGACAAGUACGGACUACGCACUCUCAGGUGCCUGUGGGAUGGAAAGGCGCCAGAACACUUACAUUAUGGAAAAUGGCUUCAAAGAUUGUAUGAAAGAGUCAGGGUGCAGUUCCAGCACCUGCUCUCUGAGCAGCAGUGAGAACCCUUAUGCCACCAUUAAAGACCCCCCCGUGCAGCCCUACAAACACUCAGAGAGCAGCUACGUGGAAAUGACAUCACCUGUUCAUACAGACGCCCCAUUCUCAGAUAUGCCACCCUCAUCCAAAGCUAACACAAAUGUGUAUGAUGUGGAGCCCACCCUCAGCCUGCUGCAGGAAGCCCAGCAUCAGAUCCCCAACUAUAUGCAGAACCCGUACGACUUACCAAGGAACAGUCACAUACCCAGCCACUAUGACUUACUCCCUGUCCGGCUCAGCCCCUCUCAUGGGACAUACUGGGACAAGCAGAUGGAGAAGCAGACAUAGAGGAGACCAAGGACAGUGAUGGGAAAACUGCAAUACACCUUCUUGUUGGGUCUGGCAUCUCUGGAAUCAUGCAUGUUAUUAGGAGACUUUUUAUACUAAUAAGAUGUAACUAUAGGACAAGUCAUUGUGUGUAUAUACUGCAUAUACAGCGGGUAGGAAGGCCAUGCAAGUUGUCAUCAGUUCUGACAAGCCAAGUAUUGGGCAGGGGUAAUGAGUGAUGGAAAGUGAUUUAAAGCCAAACUGCAGUAUAUACACACGCAAUCACAGAUCCCAACUGUAUAUAGAUGUAUAUAUAGAAUUCAGAUGUCCCUGUGACACUGUGAACAAAGAGAGUUUAUUAUCUUGGGACUUGGGUGGAAAGAUAUAAGUAGCUUGGCCAUGAGGCAGCUGCCAAGGAAAUAUCUGCUAGUUUGGAUCUUGGUGGAACUAUGGAAUAUCCAUCCGUUGCAAUUUCUUCUGACACUCCCUAUGGAAAAUCUCUGUUGCCAGCGGAGAGAGAGAUGUGGUGCAAUCCUGUGUUAAUGCAGUGCAGCCAUCGUUCAUAGAAGACUAUUGUGGAGGGAGGGACAUGUCCGAAAGAUAAUCAAAACCAAAUAUAUGAAAAUAACAGACAUACUCAGGUGAGAAUGAUAUGAGAGUGGGAAGAUCUGUCAUAAACUCAAGUGCAGACUUUGCAGACUGUGAUUCUCCCAUUCAGUCCAGGUUCCGCUGCAAACCGAAAGUAUCUCAUUGAAGUGACUGUUUCUCAAGGAAAAAUCACCUUCUUUAGGAUAAAGUCACACAGAUAUUUUUAUUAUUUGUUAACUAAAGAAAGUUUACAACAGUGCAACAUAUUAUUAUGGAUCCAUUCUAAUAAUAAUGAAUGUGUGGCACACUAUCACCCUCUCCAUCCACCAUUUUUUGGCCAUUGAGUUCCUAUGCUGUGCCAUACUCACUAGCAAUCCAUACUGACUAUAUUGAAAAGUAAUUAAAGACGAUUCUCAAGAAAUUUCCCGAGACAAGUGAGACUGAGAAGAAACACGGAUAAAUGAAUUCCUUGCCAUUACCUGUACUUUUUACUACCCAUGUGAUUCUCUGCAAGCUCUUGCUAGUGAUUGGUUGUAAAGCUGCUGUAAUUUACAUAAGUGAGAAAGGGAUGAUAGUGUUGCCCCCCAGAAGAGCAGCAUUGGGACGCUCAGGAAGGAUGGUGGCACCAGUGGCAUGGAAAUUAUUUAAACCACAAUGGGGCAAAGGCCAGUUAGAUUGGUCUGUUGGUUCUUUUUGGCAGUAGGAUUUAUGUAAGUAAGUUGUAUUACAAAAUGCCCCUUCACCCUGGAGCUGCACACCUACUCUAGUUUUAUAGUGGAAAGCUAUGUUUGCUAUCCCCCUACCUAUAAUUAUACAAAAGGCACUUAAUGUGCAUGCCAUUCAUACUGCACACCACAAUAGGCAGAAAAGCAUUACAGAAAACCAGUAAAACCAGGAGUGGCAGAAAGGGCCUGCUAGAAUGAGAAUCACUGACAGCACCACAGUGGGAAGCUCCCCGGCGGGCGUGCAAAUGAAUUGGGCCAUUGACGUGCACAAUCAUUCUCUACACUUCAUGGCUUUUGUAAGUUGUGUUGUCACUGGGGAUGUUAAAUAUGAACAAUGUCUGCAAUAAGCCAGAUCCUGUAGCGUAAAGAAGUGUCACAGGGUGUAAGUAAAGAGUCGGUUAAGUUGUGUUAAAGUGAUCAUGGGGAAGGAAGCCAGUUAUAGUGGUGAUAAAUAUGGCUACCAGGUAUAAGCAUGGACUGUUAUACUGAUUAGUAAUUCCUAGAAUCCCCCUCUCAGUAAACACCCACUAUGAGAAUAUGGUUAAUUUAUUAUAGACAUAUGCUCUUCAGUGGUGGCCUCUUUGUUUAUAUCAGUGAUCCCCAACCAGUGGCUCAGGAGCAACAUGUUGUUCACCAACCCUUGGAUGUUGCUCCCAGUGGCCUCAAAGUAGGUGCUUAUUUUUGAAUUCCUGGCUUGGAGGCAAAUUUUGGUUGCAUAAAUACCAGGUGUAUUGUUAAACAGAUCCUUCUGUAGGCAGCCAGUCAACAUUGGGGCUACCAAAUAGCCAAUCACAGCCCUUAUUGUGGCUUAUUGACCUUAUUUGAAUGCUUGUGUUGCUCCCCAACUCUUUCUACAUUUAAAUGUGGCUCACUGUUCAAAAUGGUUGGGGACCCUGGUGUAGAUGAUAUCAGAUUAGUCCGCCUCUAUCUGUAGAGUCCUGGGAGAUAUACAUGGCUACAUAAUAAAAGUUUGCCCAGGAGCAGUAACCCAUAGCAACCAAUCAACAGGUAGCUCUUACUGCUCACCUGUUUAAAAGCAAACAUCUGUUCCAUGUUAAUCCCACACAAUCAGAACAGUGAAAAGACUUCUACUGGUCAAACUGUACCAUUUACUUAGAAUCUAGAAAGGCCAUUUGGUAGUGAUCAGAUCCUUUGAGCUUUGAUCCUUUGGCCUCAUGGUGGUUGGUUUGGUUCUGAAAAAAUGCUGAGGGAAAUUAUCAGAAUGAGAAUCAUCUGAUUUAACAAAUGCUCUGGUAACCUACAAGCCAUAUUGGAUUAUGUAUGCCCACAUUGGCAUUUUAGAAAAGUGUAUUCUAUUCCUGUGAAGUUUACGCAAUAUAGAAUAUUUUUUUAUUCCGACAGUGAGGGGGGGCCUGGCUCUUUUUUACAAAAUAAUACAUAAAGGAUGUGGCCUUUUGGCCAGGGCUCUCUUUAGACAAUUAUGGUCAAUAAUUAUUCAUAAAAAUAGAAAAAUAUUUCCAGUUUCAAGGUUCGGACAAAGAUGAUUCUACAGUUUUGCUGUUUCCAUGUACAAGGAAUGGGAUUAAAUUUCCUUAGAAUUAGCGGUUUUCAGACCAUGCGCUUACAUUCAGAGAUCGGGGAGACAUCACUGUACAGAAGGACAGAUAUAUCAGUGCACUCCAUUUAUUCAGCAGUAAAGGCGUAACCCAUUCAUAUACCUGUAAACAAAUGGAACCCUGGAGGAAUGCAGGAAGCUGGCAACGUUCCUACUGCACAUUAAUGGCCAUGGGACACAAGGCAUUUGCUGGGAUUUCCACUGGCAGAGAGACACCUCGCAUUGCUCACACUCACAAAUGGCAACUGAAUGUGUGUUUCUAGGUUGUUGCCACUUACAUCCCUGGCAGGCAGAACAAGCAGUGACAUUUCUCUACCAGCCGAGAUACACUGACAGAGUAAACUUCUGGGGUGCUGUGAGCCCCAAUCCUACAAGGGAGCCAUGUGUAUGAGAAAGCACCUUUAGUCAUUCCAGGUAUCAUCAGCGGCAAUGGAACAGGCAUUGUACUGUGCAUCACUAGGCGUGCAGGACUGAAUAAUGUUUGCAUUAAAUUGGUGUAAAUGGCUGAAAACAAGGGGCAAAGUGAUGCUCUGGUUCUGGGGUGGGCAGAUGCAUUUCUCUGACAGUUAGGUUUGGGCUUGGAAUUGUUAUUUAAGGGCAGAGAGCUACAACCUGUGUCCUUGCAGCUCUGGAUGAAAUAUGUUAUUUCUAUCAAUUUAUUGUUAAAACUUUCUCCCAUACAUGGGACAUUUAUUCUCUGCAGUUGUGAUUUGCUGGCAGCUGCACAGUCAGUAUGGAACUGGCCUGGCAGGAAACCAGAACUUUUCCAAGUGGGCCCUGAGCUUAGUGGGCCCUUUGCCCUUUGUGGAGCAUGGAGCAUUAACUCUUUUCUUCCUUUUCCAGGUCCUACUUGUGUUUUAUUUAUUCCCACCAGUGAGGAACAUAGGAAGGAGUUAGUUUAGGAGACUGUGACAGGGAAUAACAGAGACCAAAUGUAUUGCCACAGGUAAGCAGGACAAUCCAGGGAGGCAGGAAGUUAUAUGGAGCUGGGGGAGGGGUUCAGAGAGAAUUUUCAGUGUAAAUGGAAGAACGAGAAUUAAUAGAUUACCCAAACAACCCAGGCCAACACUGUGAGCAGUACUACAUGUAUGUAUGUAUGGGGCGUAUAUAAAUGAAUGUUGCACAGCACAAUCAAUAGGGCAAUGAAUUCCAUAUAAACCUUACAAAGUGUGGGAGUGGCCAUGUUCCUAUAGGAAUUCAGAACUUUUAUCCCAAAAUACUGUAAUUUAAGAAGCUUGAAGCCUGCAGGUAUAGGAAAGGUGCCACCCCAGCAACUCUAUGCACCCUCCAUCAGCUUUGCUGGCAAAGACAUGAAAGGAGUGGUAGAUGCACCCCCAGAAGCAAUGCCCACACCUCGUGCAUAUGAUAGGAAAGCAAAAGGAUGAACCUCCAACUUCCUAGGUUUUCACUGCUUUGCAAAGAUAUUCUGGAACCAAAAAAAUCCAUGACAGAUGAAGACAUUGUGUAAGAAGGUUAUCAUUUCAAAUAGGCAUUGGCAAAGCACUCCAUCCCUCUGGCAAGCCAGCUUACCCAGCCGACAGAGUGGCACUGGAUGCUGAAGUUCUGCAGUGGUUACUGCAUCAGUCCCUAAUAAGUCCCCUAGAGCUCUAACAGUGAGCCAGAAGCCAGUGAGCCCAUCCCACGGAAAUGAUACAUAGCCAGCAGGCCCUUGCCUGAAACUGAUGGCAUACUUAUGGUGGAACAUCAAGGGUGCCUGAGCCUUCAGUCAUCUGGCACCCCCACAAAAUUCUGCCAUGUUUUUUACUGACAUCCAAGGUCAAAAACCCCUGCACAUAACGCACCACCGUUUUUGGCAUUACAAGACGCUAUGGCAUGCAUCAGUGCUAUAAUUUUAUGGAAUGAAAUAGUUCAGAGGAGAAACAAAGCAGGUCGGUCACGCACCCUGGCGCCGGGAUGCUUGCUUAUUUUAACAUGGAGUUGAGAUGUCCCUGCUGAUUGUGCCCUGUACAACUAUAAUGUAGAAAAUAAAUUGAGCACCGGUUUCCUAUUUUAUUUUGGAUGUAGCAAUUUGUGAGUGGGAUACAAACAUGUUCCUUUUUGUUUUGUGCUUUUUUUUUCUAGUAGAGGAAAAUAAAGGUUUUUCACUUUACAUGAGCCAGUGGGCACCUGGGAAAAGGACCGUCAGUUGGGCUGCAAGAAAUGGACAACACGCAGCUCCUAUUUGUUGUGUAAUUGAUACUUAAUCUUAUAGCAGGAAGUGGUACAACUGUUGCAGAUCAAUAAUGUGCAGCUUGGUUGGACAGGGGCUGCUGGGAAUUGUAGUUCUGCAACAGAUUGAUGACCAAAGGGUGUUUCUUAUAUUUGUUAUAAUAACGUAGAUCCCUUUGCAGCAAUAAUAGAUACACUUGCUGCAUUUGACCGAAGUACCUCUCUUGUCUUGAUCUUGUACAGGGAAUAAUAUAUAACUAUAAAUGACCCCAGGAUGAAUUUCCCCCUCACCCCAUGUAUUAUCUAAUAUUUUUCUUUACAAAAAAAAAAGUCCCACAAAAAUCCAUUUUCUCAUCUAAUCCAGAGCCAAGAAAGGAGCUUUAGAAUGUGUAAUAUUUCAUUCAAUAUAAAUAAAAAGAUACAUUUCCUGAA